GAGAGGCGAUAGAGAACAAAGACAACAAACAAGUAGACACGAGCGCAUCGCCGCGUGUCAUCCUUUGUCACGAGCCGAGGCGAGCCUGCUUGGCUUCUGCGCGGGCCCAGCAACCGCGUCGCUCCGAGCCAUUCCUGGUUCACGCCGGUGGAAGCGACCUUCGUCCUCCACGACUCUCCGCCUACCCGCGGGCUGCUCGCCGGUUUCCUUUCGGGACUCGCCCGUCUCCUCCUCGUCACGACAGUGCAGCCGUGACGGUCCCUCGCCAUGCAGUCGGUCACCCAGCAGGGGUCGCAGUCCUUGAGGAUAGCGAAAAAGUACGUCAGGGUCGGCGUCAUAGUGUACUUCGUCAUCGUUCCCGUUGUCUCCAGUAUUGCCAUCUCCCACGUGUGGGCCGUAGGCAACGCGGACGUCACUUUCUUCCUGCCGUAUAUAAGCGACUCCGGAGGUGACCCUCCUCAGAGCGGAGUGUUCGGGUUCGGUCUGACUACAGGGGCAAUUGCGGCGAUUGUUACGUUUUCCCUGCGGUACGUCACCGUCAUGGACAUCUCCAAGGCGAAGAACAUGCCCGGGUACAUCCUGCUGCUUAACUACUUCAACUUCCUGGCUGGCAUUGGCAUCUUCUUCGGUCUGCUCCUUGUUGCUAUGAACCCUACCGGCCAUCUGCGUAGGGAUGGCACUUGGCUGAAUCCCAUCUUUAUUCCACACGUGGUUGGGGCCUCGGUGCUCUUCGCGUCAGGCCUGAGCUACAUGCUGGUCAACGCGCUGCUCACGUUCUGCCUGGUCGACCAGUACCGAAACCACGGCGUGUUCAAGGCUCGCGUGGUCAUCUUCGCCUUCGACCUGGUAGCCUGCACGUUGACUGCGGCUAAAUUCCCCAAGGAUCUGCUAACGAUGAAGCCACAUCCGACCAACCCGAGAGAGUAUCCAGAGGGGACGAUCAUCUCCAUCAUUGCCGAGUGGAUCCUGCUGGCUACCUUCAUGGGCUACAUCUACACCAUGAAGUCCGAGCUAGACGCCAUGGUCGUGGUCAUCGGCAUCCAGAAGCAACUGGUGCGCUCCGAUGAUUCCGAGCACGGCACCGCGCCAUCGCAGUUUUUUUCCUCGGCCACCAACGCGAAGGAUCCCGAUGCUCGGAACUCACCAAAAAAGCUAAAUGGCUCUGCUGGCCAGGGAAGACUUGAGGCUGCGUGCCCAUCCUCAUAUGCGUCCACGGAUCACCCGGCUCUCAGCAGGGAGACAGGUGGCAACAGAAUACCAGGAUCAUCGCUUCCCCCGCCUCUACAACCGAAGCCGAUCCCAGGAAAGGGACCCACAGUUCAGUUGCAGAAGUCGAGCGGACACGGAGGCCACAGACCACUAGGUCUUUCUAGCCCUUCCCGACGUCUGCGGCCACGUCCAGCGCAAGCCAUCGGCGCCGCAAGCCCAAGUGGCGAGAGAGAGAUCGGCGGGAGCAGGCAGUCGAGGCUUGCCCUCAGUUCCAACAGCGCUGUUGCCAACGUCGGCACAUCCGGGUUCCCGAAAGCCAUCGGAGCUCAUCGAGCUGUGAUCCCCAGCGUGCCGUCACGGGACCCCUCCAGCGGCGGCAUCAAGAAGGGCCGGUCGCCUACCGUAAAAGGGCUGACUGAGCCAGCAGUCCAGUGACCAAGAAAGGUCCGCCAGGCCUUCGUCGCGGCGCUCUAUGAGUAACGGCGAGGUGUCUUCGCGGUCAUCAUCUCGUCAUGCAAGCGGUUCACCAACGCCCCAAGGACGACCUGGCCUGACAAUUAAGUAGCAACUUCAUACGUGUGGCCGUGGAUACGUUCGGUGCGGAUAUAGGUGAAGCAAUGAAGUAGUACACGACGAAAAGUUUUUUUCACUGCUAUAAAUUAGUGAAUUCCCACCACUGUUAUUACCCCGCUGAUUACUCUUCUGUUUUUGAGUAACUGCAAAAGCCUAUAACCGACGGCCAUCAUGCGUGUUGUGUGCAUGCUUUAGAGAAUUAGUUGUUCGCUCAAUAUGUAAUGACGUUCCAGGCAUUGUGUCGAAACACAUGUGGAAACGAUGCGUACACAAUGAGGAAACAUUGCACGCCACGCGGUUUCUUCAAUAAAUAAUCUACUUGUCUUUCGC